GAGGUCGUCGCUUGAAUAAUAUUAAAUUAAAGACUCUUAAAAAAUAAUCCUACCUAAUUGCCUAAGUAGCUAAUGAAUAAUAAUUCAUCAAAUGUAAAGAAUUCAAUGAACAAUUACACAAAGCAUUCAAAAGCAGCAAAACAAAUGAUGCAUCAUAAGCCAUUCUUAGUCCAUCUAAUAAGUACAUGUCUAUUACUAUUACAAUACUCAAAAGCAGCAAAUCCUGGGCCACAAAUAGCAAAACCAGGGUGUAAGGAUCACUGUGGAAACGUGACCAUUCCAUACCCAUUCGGCAUCGGUCCUAACUGCUACCACAAUCCCUGGUUCAAUGUCGAGUGUUACAACGGCAGUGACUCAUUCAAACUAAAGAAGAUAACAACAGGCACAGUCAAUAUGGAUGGUAUCCAAAUAAAUUGGGACCCUCUAAAAGGGGAAAGGAACCUAAUUUCAGUAGUCCCUUGUUAUCGCGUCUGUCAAGGAGAUGGAAAUCCCCGAUCAAUGCUGAUCGGGAAUUCUGAUAAUUUGAGGGGAAGUCCUUUUCUUUACUCACGAAAAGGUAAUGUUUUGUUAGUAAAUGGUUGUGGGGGAGGAAUAAUUUUACGAGAUAAGAGGAAUCAAACGAUUGCUGGAUGUGCUGCAGUGUGUACUACCAAUUCUACUGCGCCAGGAUUUGAUUGUUAUGGGGUUGAUUGCUGUCAGACUACGAUAUCGAAUUCGGUUGAUUAUUAUAGUAUGGAGCUUGCGAGUAUGGGGAAAACGCCUAUUGUUGAGGAUGCGUGUACUAGAGCGGUUUUGGUUGAUUCUAAAUGGAUUGCUAAUAAGAGGAAAAAUCUUCUGCAUUUUCAAGGAUUAUGUGACCCUGCUCGAGUUGUAAUAGAGUGGAGUAUUGAAGAUUUGGCUGUGGAUUCUCCAAGUUAUGGUAAUUCUAGUUGUGUUAAGAAAGCUGCUAGUGUUGAUGAUGCUGGUGGAUAUGUUUGUCGUUGUAAAGAAGAGUUCUAUCAAGGCAAUCCUUAUCUUCCUCUCGGAUGUCAAGUUGUUAAAGAAUGUGAGGGUUGCGUACAAGACUGCAUUUCUUUAGGAAAUCAUACCUUUGGGUGUCCUAAGAAAGAGAAGAAGCUAAACACCGGGACAAUUGCUGUUAUAAUUGGAUUAGGUACAAGCUUGGUGUUGCUGCUUGUACUACUUGGGUUAUAUUUGCUAUUACGUGCGAUAAAACGUAAUAGAGAUGUCAGACUUAAAGCUAGGUACUUUGAAAGAAAUGGUGGUUUGCUGCUCAAACAACAAAUGUCAUCCCAAGAAAAUAAUAUCGAGAAAAUCAAAAUAUUAUCUUCCAAUGAAUUAGAAAAGGCGACUGAUAAGUAUAAUGAGGAUCGAAUACUGGGGCAAGGAGGGCAAGGUACUGUUUAUAAAGGAAUGUUAAGUGAUGGAAAUAUUGUUGCUAUAAAGAAGUCCAAGAUAGAAGAUGAAAGUCAAUUGACUGUUUUCAUCAAUGAGGUAGUAAUUCUAUCACAAAUUAACCAUAGAAAUGUUGUCAAACUAUUAGCAUGUUGUUUGGAAACAGAAGUUCCUAUGUUGGUGUAUGAAUAUAUUCCUAAUGGAACUCUUUCUGAUCUUAUCCAUGAUUCCAAACAAGACUUUGCAAUCACUUGGGAAAUGAGGUUACAUAUUGGUACUGACAUAGCAAAUGCUCUAGCCUACUUGCACUCAUCAUAUUUGAUACCUAUUUUGCAUAGAGAUAUUAAAUCAUCUAACAUCCUCUUAGACAACAAAUAUAGGGCUAAAUUGUCGGAUUUUGGGAUAUCCAAGUCACUUAGUAUUGAUCAAACACAUGUCUCAACUCGUGUUCUUGGAACGAUUGGUUAUUUAGAUCCAGGCUACUAUCAAUCGGAACAAUACACGGAUAAGAGUGAUGUGUAUAGUUUUGGUGUUGUGCUGGUUGAGCUUUUAACUGGACAAAAAGCAAUCCGUGCAAGUAAUGAGCAUGAAGAAAAGAGUCUUGUAACAUGGUUUCUUGCACAUAUGGAAAAAUGUAAUUUGUAUGAUAUAUUGGAUUCUCGAGUACUUAGGGAAGGAAAAGAAGAAGAAAUCAUGGUUGUGUCUAACCUUGCAAAACGAUGUUUGAACUUGGAUGGAAAGAGUAGGCCUAAGAUGAAAGAAGUCGCAGCUGAACUUGAAACGGUAAGAUCAUCUAUGGAGCGCGGAUCGAUGAAGAUGCAAUCAGGUUCAUCCAACCAGCAUGAUCAAACAUUUUGUUCUUUGAUUGACAUAACUACAGGGGAGUUCAUUACACUAGAUUAAUGAUCCUUACAUGUGUUAUAAGAUUAUUAUACAUGUACACAGUUUAUGUAAAAUAAUACUGAUAUGUCAUUAUAUAGUUUUAAUCUUCUCUUAUCUUAGUUUAAUUA